AUGUCAUUUCGUCACCUCAAAACAAUAGCCAUACCACCAUCAGAGCGUGUAAAAUGCGUUGAAUUGCAUCCUACGGAGCCAAUGCUUGUUGUGGCUCUCUUUGAUGGCAAUGUACAGAUCUACAAUACUAACGAUUGGACAAUUCUUCGUACAAUUCAUGUUAGUCCAACAAAACCUGUACGUUGUGUACGAUGGAUGACAAGCAUUAAUGCAGUUAUUACAUCUGGCGAUGAUCUUUCUAUUAGUGCAUACGAUUAUAAUACAGGAACUUUAAUCGCAACACAAAAGGAUGCUCAUGCUGACUACAUCAGAUCAAUUGCAGUUCACCCAUCCCAGCCACUCAUUCUUUCAGCUUCAGAUGAUACCAAAAUUAAACUUUUCAGGAUAGAAAAUAAUUCUUUUAAAGAAGAACACGAAUAUACAGGCCACAAACAUUUUGUUAUGGACGUCAAAUUUAAUCCUAAAGAUCCAAAUCAAUUUGCUUCUGCUUCUCUUGAUAAUACCAUUAAAUUCUGGGGAAUAAAUGAAUCAGCACCUCGCUUUACUCUUUCAGGCCAUAUUGCAGGUGUGAACUGCAUUGAGUUUUGUCCCAGCGCAGAUAAGACAAUUCUUGUCUCUGGUUCUGAUGAUUUUACAAUUCGUUUCUGGAAUUUACAAAAUAACAAAGAAAUUCACAGGUUGGCAUCAAAUAAUCCUAAUGAUACCAAUUUCCACACUGGAAAUGUUACAUCUCUUCGUUUCCAUCCAAAAUUCCCAUUAUUAUUUUCUACUGGCGAAGACAACAAGUUCUUCAUCUGGAACACAACAACAUAUAAACGAGAGAUGAGUUUCAACACCAACAAAGGCCGUGGAUGGACAAUCGAUUCUAACGAUACAACAAUUGCUCUUGGCUGCGAUGAAGGCCUUUCCAUAAUGCAAUUUGAGAACACCACAGCUCUUGUAUCAACUGAUACUCAAGGCAGAACCUACUGGGCAUUGAACAACGAAAUAAAAUAUACAAAUUUGGCUCAAGGUAAAAAUCCCGAGGAUGGAAAACUCGUUGACCUCAAAAUUGAAGAUAGAGCAACAGUUGAUUUCUAUCCUGCUUACACUUCAAUCAAUCCUUCUGAAAAAAAUGUUGCUCUUUGCGGAGAAGGCAAUUAUUAUAUCUAUUCCAUGAUCGGUUUUAGAGUUAAAGAGUCAGGAAGCGCAAAUGAGUUUGCUUGGGGCAGCGGAGAUUACUUCGCCACGAGAUUAGGCAAACAAGUCACAAUUCAUAAAUUAAAGGGUAAUCCACAAAAAUUAACCCAUGGCGUGAAUGUCACAUCAAUAUUCGGCGGUCACUUGCUUGGCUUGGCCUCAAAUGAAUCGAUUUUCUUCUACGAUUGGCAGUUUCUCAAUUUAAUCCGCCAAAUCGACGUCAAAGCCACAAACGUAUGGUGGUGUGGAGCUAAUAAGGUCGCAAUUGCAACAGAUGACACCUUAUACGUCCUUGUCUACACCCAACCAAAGAAAGAAGAUGAUUAUGAGAACGCUUUCUUUGUAGAAUCCCAAAUCGAAGUCUCAGUAAAGUCUGGAUGCUGGUACGAAAAUGCUUUCUUCUAUUCAGAUGGCCGUUCAGUUUCAUUUAUUAUGGAAGAUCGCUCUGAAGUCAUUGCCCGCUUUGAUAAGCCAUAUCAGAUUAGCGGAUAUGCCAAGAACACUGAGAGAAUCUACCUUUACGACAGAGACGUCAAUUUCAUUUCUUAUUCUGUUCCAAUUUCUCUUCUCAAAGCCUACAAGAAGGUUCUCAGAUUUGAUGAAGAGGAAGAGAACGAAGAAGAGGAAGAGGAAAAUCUAGACAUCGAUGAGACCGCCAUUCCUUCAAAUUGGUUGCUCAGAUUUACCAGUCUUCUUGAAGAAAAGGGACAAUUCCGCCGCGCCUUGAAAUUCGCGGAGACAGAUGACAAGAUAUUCGAACUUGCUCUCAAAAUACCUGAUUUCAAUUUGGCUAUUUCCAUUGCCCGUAAAACAAAGAGUUUGGUUCAGUGGCAUCAGAUAUCAACAAUCGCUUUGAAGGAAGGGCAAAUCGAUUUACUUGAGGAAGCUUUGAAAGUAUCUGGUGACGAAAAUGGUCUUUUACUUCUUCAUUCUGCUUGCAAGAGGAAGAAACAAAUGAAAGAACUCGCUGAGAGUGUUUCCAAUGCAAAGAAUGUUUCUUUCGCCGCUUAUUUCUCUCUCGGAGAAUAUUCUAAAUGCAUUGACAUUCUCUUGGAAACAGGAAGAGAACCAGAGGCAGCUCUUAUGGCAAGGACAUAUUUGCCAAGAAGAAUCAACGAAUGUGUUGAAUUGUGGCAAAAGAAAUUGAGAGAAAGAGGUGACCACAGAUUGGCUGAUUCCAUUGCAUCGCCUAAGGAAUAUCCAAAUCUAUUCGGCAUCGAAGAUCAACAACAAGAGGAAGAACAACAACAAGAAGAAGAGGAAAAAGUCGAAAUUCCAAAGGUCGAUUCAAAGAAAGAAGAAGCUAAAGAAGAAAAAGUUGAAGAAGAGGAAGAGGAACUCGACGUUGAUGAUCUCUUGGCUGGUAUUGAUACAGGUGCUGAAGAAGAUAUUUAA